AUGAAAUUAUAUUUAAUACUAUUCCUUUUCGAAUUCUUGUCUAAUUGCUUAGCUCAGACAUCACCAAAAUUAACUAUUGAUGAAUUUCUCAAUUCAACCAAUUAUCCGUCAUUGAGUCUUUCACCCAAUGGUCAAUAUUUGCUAGUUCAUAGUAUGCGUCCUGCAUGGGAAUCGAAUCGAUAUGACAAUAUACUAUGGCUCUAUAAAACACAAGGAGGACAACAGAAACUAAUUACUAAUCAACUUUCUAGAAGUAUUACACCAAAAUGGUCACCUACUGGUAAUUGGAUUGCAUUCUUGGCUGAUACAAACACAGAAAAUAAAUCACCUGAAAAUCAUUUUCAUACUGAAUAUCCGAACAAAACGGAUUCAAAAUCGAUACAGUAUCUUCAUCUGUAUAAUGUUAUUUCGAAAGAGAUUAUAUUGAUUGAUAUUGCAAAUGAAAUUCCAUUAGCUAUGACAUGGGGAUAUGAUGAUUUGUCUCUUUAUUAUGUUUCAACAUCAUUACUCAAGAAGAAAAUAAUUCAUUGGAAUCUGAAUGGAAGAAUGUAA